GCUCGCUGCAACAAGCCGGUAGUUUCAGUUCACACAGAAACCACGGUGGAGUCGACCGCGUAUAGCCGGAGUCUUCUGAGAAAGGAGACCGAAAACCAAGCUGUAGACAGUUAUAUGUCGUUUCCUGUGGAUGAUAAUAACGAAUGGCUCGUCGGUGAUGUACUUUCAAUAUCUACAAGACCUUGGGGGCUGAUAUCCAGAAUAUUUUUGGACAUCAUCCCGGUAUUGUAUUUUUGACCGGAAGCAUUUGAUGAUGGAUUGGAACCGUCCCACACCUUGAAAUAAGUCCCACCCGGAUCGAAUUACGUUUCCUACCUAAAGCACCGACCUCACCAUCUCCGCCCCUGGAACAGGUGGAAACGUGUCAUUUAUUUUUGUUGUUGUUACCACCCACCUGGAAGUGGCAUGGGUAACCAGGUUGAGAAACUGACACAUCUGACUUAUGACAAUGUUCCGACCGCGGAUCCGAACGGGUUUGACACGGAGGAUGAGCUGGGGCCCCGGAUCGGAGUGUCCUAUAUCUUCUCCGCGGACGACGACGAACAAGAGGAACGUGUUGACGGACCGGACAAGGAUCAGAACGAGGAAGAGAAACAAUACGAUAACUGCAACGAGCUGGAGUGUGUUGUAUACUACCGUGACGAAUCUGUGUACGAGAAAAAUCUCAAACUCUCUGAUAUGAGCACGUAUUCGACUGAGAAUCUUUUAAACAAGUGCACACCGGGGGAUUUGGUGGAGUUCGUGGCUACGGGCCAGUACCCUCACUGGGUUGUGUAUGUGGGCGACUUUCAGGUCGUUCACCUGCACCGGGCUGAAAUCAAGAAUAAUUUCCUGACAGAUGCCAGUCAGGGAAAGCGAGGCAGGAUAGUUAACGGGCUGUAUAAAUUCCGCGCUCUGCCUCCGGAGGUGGUGGUGCAGAACGCGGUGCAGCAAGUAGGAACGAGAGACCGAGAGCUGUACUGGAGGAACUCUGAGUGCUUUGCUGCGUGGUGCAGGUUCGGGAAGAGGGAAUUUAAAAUAGGAGGAGAGAUCCGUAUCGGAAAGCAGCCCUACAGGUUGAAAAUGUUGUUUUCUGAAAAGAAAAGUCAUGUCCUUGAAUUUCAGAGUUUUGACGACUUGAUCAUGGAGAAGAGGAGAAACGAUCAGAUAGGCAGAGAUGCGGUGACGCAAGAGUUAGCUAACCAUCUCAACGCAACCGAUGCGGAAAUUAAGGACGACUUUCAUCAGAGUGUAAACUGAAA